GGCAAGGGCGCGUGGUGGGACUCGGAUAAUCCCAAGGCCUCAGAGGGGUUUGGAUUGAGCAGUCCACGGGCCUUCUUUCGCCCGCGACUCAUGAAUGAGUCAACCAUGCGGUGACGUUUUGGGCAGAUAUCUUCUUAAAACCACGCCCGUAGACAAGCCGAGACGUUCUUCUCAUCCCAAAACCCCUUUCAUGGCCCAUCCCAUCACCGUUUAAACCACACCACCUGUCCAUCAUGUCCCCAACCGCCGCAUCCCUCGCCAUCCCGGCCAGCCCCCGCGUGCACGCCCUCCUCCAGCGGCUGCACGCGGCAUCGGCAGCGCAAGAGCACACCCUCUCGCAGUCCUGGUUCUACCUCAAGCGGCUCAUCGCCUUCCACCUCUUCUCCACCACCUGGGCCGCGGCGGCCGACGACCACAUGCGCGACAAGUUCGUUGCGCUCGAGGAGGACAAGUGCCACUUCGUCUACCUGCUGGCCCGAUCCUCGGGCGCCCUCAACAUCGUCGAGGCCGGCACCAGCUUCGGCGUGUCUACCAUCUAUCCUGCCCUGGCUGUGGGCCAGAACGUGGCCGACCAGAAGGCGAGGGGCGCGAGUGUCAGUGGGCGGGUUGUGGCGACCGAGAAGGAACCGACGAAGGCGGCGCGCGCGAGGGAGCAUUGGGCUGAGGCUGGUGACGAGAUCGCCGGUGUGAUUGACCUACGCGAAGGCGACUUGCUGGAGACGUUGAAGAGGGACGAUAUGCCGGAGCAAGUUGAUUUUCUGCUGCUUGACAUCUGGACCCCUAUGGCGCUCCCUACACUCAAGAUCGUCAAGCCCCGGUUGAAGAAGGGCGCGAUAGUUCUUGCGGACAACACGAAGAUGGCUCGCGCGCUCUACAAGGAGUAUCUUGACUAUCUCCACGAUCCAGCAAACGGCUUCAAGACGACCGAGGUUCCAUACUCUGGUGGCUUGCAGAUGUCCGUCUAUCUCCCGGAUGAGAGUUCUUAGCUGAGCUUGGGUUUCGUGCGAGGGAGUACAUAACAACGUGGUAAUUCCUGCAAGCGUACCUACCUAGGUAGGUACCUAGGUAGGAAUACACUGUGCCCGAGGUAGGAAGGACGGGGCGUUUUAGUUCAGCAGUGCAUGAUGCAUAAAAUCGUCGCAUUCUCCUUUCCUUCGGCUAAAUUGUUCCGAAUGGGAAACGUCUCUUAUAUCUCCUCAUAUUUAAACCAGGACUAUUAUUAACUUGCAGUCGAGAAUGGGUUGUUGAAGUACAUCCCUCGGCGUUCAUUUGUUUGACGUGAAAGCCCCCACGCAGCAAUCCCACACCUCUACCAAGGUACCUACCCACACAAUCAAUCCAGCAUCUCC